AAGCCUUUCGAAGAUCUUUGUUGUAUUUGGAGAGAGAGAGAGAGAGAGAGAGAAUGGGGGACUAUCACUAUAUCUACAAGGACUUGGACGGAGCCUCCACCCAGUGGGACGAUAUUCAGGCAAAGCUCGGCAAUCUUCCGCCGAAGAAGCCGGCGUUUAAGCCUCCGCCCUUCACUCCGGCCGAGGACGAAGCCUCUCUUCCCAAAGACAAGUCUUGGAUCGAUGACAAGACCGAGCAGGACCUCGAAGAUCUCGAAGACGAUCCCGAUCUCGAUGACGAUCGCUUCCUCGAGGAAUACAGGAGGAAGAGGCUGUCGGAAUUGAGAGAAGCAGCCAAGGUUGCAAGGUUUGGGUCAGUGGUUCCGAUUUCGGGAUCAGAUUUUGUGCGCGAGGUUUCGCAAGCUCCGCCUGACGUUUGGGUGGUGGUGAUUCUCUACAAAGAAGGAAUUGCAGAGUGUGGAUUGUUGAUGCAGUGUCUGGAGGAUUUGGCAACCAAGUACCCAGCAACCAAAUUUGUGAAAAUAAUAUCCACAGACUGCAUUCCUAACUACCCUGAUCGUAAUCUUCCCACUCUUUUAGUGUACAACAGUGGCGCUGUCAAGGCCAAUCACGUUGGGUUGCGCAGCUUUGGUAGGAGGUGCACACCUGAAGGUGUGGCAUUAGUUCUCUGUCAAUCAGAUCCUGUACUUAAUGAUGGGCAGAGUGUUAAUGGUCGAUCAAGGGAAGCUGUCAAGAGGUUCAUAGAGAAAGUUGUGACACAACAUGAAGAUAAGGACGAUGGAUAUUCAAGUGACUAG